AGCUUGAGGGGGAGGGGCUACCGGCACUUCCGGUGGGGCCCGCGAGCCGUGCGGAGCCGUGCGGGGAGGUCCCGGUCCCGGUCCCGGUCCUGGCGCCGGCCCCGGCAUGGAGAAGCUGCGGCGGGUGCUGAGCGGGCAGGACGACGAGGAGCAGGGGCUGACGGCGCAGGUUCUUGAUGCCUCAACGCUCAGCUUUAGUACACGAGUCAAGUGGUUUGCCAUAUGUUUUAUUGCUGGUGUUGUGUGUUCUAUUCUUGGAACAGGAUUGCUAUGGCUCCCGAAGGGAAUCAAGCUUUUUGCAGUGUUUUAUACCCUGGGAAAUAUUUCUGCAUUGGCCAGUACAUGUUUUCUGAUGGGGCCACUGAAGCAACUGAAGACGAUGUUUGAGCCAAAAAGAUUAGUAGCUACAGUUGUAAUGCUGCUUUGUCUAGUAUUGACUCUGUGCGCUGUAUUCUGGUGGAACAAAAAAGGUUUGGCGUUGUUAUUCUGCAUAUUGCAGUUCUUGGCAAUGACCUGGUAUAGUCUGUCAUAUAUUCCUUUUGCAAGGGAUGCUGUGAUUAAAUGCUUCACAUCCUGUCUAGGAUAAGUUGAAAACAAGAACUACUGUAUACUUUGAAAGCAACUCCGACUCCUCUGUGAACUUUUCUUGGAGAACUAUACUUCUCCACUCCUGAAAUACCCAGUAAUAAUUUAGUAUUUUCCUUUCCUUUUGCCUUUGGGGGAUUAAGUGAUUUUUACUAGAAACAGCUUUUAAAAUAAAUCAGGCGAACUAUAUGUUUACCCUGGAACCUUUAGGCUUUUUAACUAAAAAAAAAAAAAAGUACAUUGAAAUACUUCUUGUUAAGAUCAGUCUUAAAACUCCCUUGCGUCUAGUAACACGGAUUAUUUCCCAGUGUAGGCAGGCCCCCAGAAUCUGGGUAAUGUGCAUAAAGUUUUCAUUUACUGUUCUGUCUAAAACUUGCAAUGUGCCAUUUAUGUUUAUAUAUUAUUCAUGGUAUGUUUUUCCAAAGACAGAGUUUUAUAAACAUUGUAAAGAUCUGGUAAGUUAUAAUUAACUGCUGCUUUGAAAUGUCUAUACUUGUGCUUUAUGGAAAAAGCUUAAUGAAAGUAUGUGAAAGUUCUGUUGAAAGCUAAUUGAUUUUAUUAAAAUUAUGUUUUAAACACUUUUGUUACUUUCAAUUUAAAUACUUUUUACUUAAAAGUUAUGAAUAAUGUAUGAAUGAUUUGUGAAAUAAAUUAGUUUUACAGGUGCCUAAA